AUGACGUCGCUCUCAUUGUCGCUAGGCCCGCCAGCCUUAGUCCGGCUCCACGACGCCUUAAUAUGCCUAUCCAAAUUCAGCGAAACAGUCGCCAUCGAAGCAGAGCCUGACCUCCUCCGCCUCAGUGCCCUCAAUUCCACCAAGACGGGGUUUGCCUCCUUCGCGUUCGAGAAGGGGGUAUUCUUUGAGGCGUAUUCUUUUAACUCCAGCAAUAAUGGCAGGAGUGGCAGUGUCUCGCUGGAACGAUUCUUCUGCCAGAUCUAUAACAAAGCACUUCUCUCCGUAUUUCGCGGGAGAAUUGAAAGAAACAAGGACACAGCCGUUGAACGCUGUGACAUGGAAUUGCAUGAAGAUCUGCAGCAAACUGAAUGUAGACUGACAGUGAAGAUGAUCUGUGGACUAGGUGAAAUACCCUUGCAUCGAACUGUCUUUCCUGGCUUAUAUUGCAUAUAUCUGACACUAUAUCUAGGCGUGAUCAAGUCAUACAAGUUGACCUACGAACCAGCGGCUGUUCAGCAUGCCGUCUUCGACAAAUCCAAAGCUACCAGCAUGUGGACUGCUGAUCCACGGUUCCUCAAACAGCUCAUUGAGCACUUUAGCUUAUCUGCCGAGCAGCUGGACAUGUACUCUGAUUCCGGCAGAGCGGUGUUCACAAGCUUCACAACAAAAAUCACCGAUGGCAAGGAAGUACUAAAGCACCCAGUCCAUACAUCGGUGGCAGCAGACAAGCGCGACUUCCAAGAGUACUUGGUCGAAGAGAACAUGCACGUUGCGAUCAAUCUGAAAGACUUCAAAGCCAUAGUUGCACACGCCGAAACGGCAAACGCAACCGUAACAGCACGGUACACUCGACCCUGCAAGCCCCUGCAACUGGAAUACCGAUUCGAAGGCGUCAACGCAGAAUUCACAGUCAUGACCCGCGGCCAGGCAGAUAGCGAAGACGUCCCCUCGUCAACACGGGCGACAAUCCCAAGGCAAACGCCCGCGCCUGUCCCAAUCUCAGUGACCAGGCCGCGCGAUACUCGACCAUCGGUGACACCGAGCACUCAGAUGCCCCCGCCGCCACCGCGAAGUAGAUCUAUCCGUCCUCUCAAUGGGUCAUCUACGCAGGAGAAUCUGAGCCAGAAACCUAGCGCAGAUAGGCCGGUGGCGUCUGGGCUUUUGAUGGAAUUUGACAGCCUUUUCGUGCCUGCUGAUGAUGACCGCCAGUGGGAUGAGAUGAAUGAAGAAGAGGAGCCGCAGGAUAUUCUUGGAUGGGAUGCUUCAGGAACACAGGACGCAUUCGGGGCAUCUAUUCGCAAUGCAGAGCCUUCCUUCUCGAAGCAGGACGGUUCUCAUGCCGAAGAGCCAGACGAUGAGAUGGGUCUUCCGCCGACACAGCGUUUAUCUCAGGUUCGCCAAUAUGGUCUUUUUGACUGA